GUGAGCACAUUGUAGUGUGGUAACUUAUCUAUCACAGGAGAGGGCACUGCAUCUGCAAGUCCUCACUGUUAUCAGCGGUGGCUUCCUGGUAUGCGUAAUGACUGUUUGCAGGCUGGGUCUGGGGGGGUUGGAAACUCUGCAGAGCAGUUCUGCUGACUGCAGUAGAGAGGGACUACCUCAGUGCGUCAGCACUCUGAAAUGAAUGAAGAAAAAACGAAUCAGUCAGAUUGACUGCAGAGACAGAGAGGGAGAGAAGACUCUACACACUUUCUAAUCUUGAUCUUUUACAUAGCUGUCCUCACAUGCGCUAGUGGCCAGGAGCACAUGCUCUGUAAGAUGUGAAGUACCCCCCUACCCCCCCACCGGUGCUAUAAAUCAAGAUGACCUUCCUUCUUUUCUUCCUCUUGGUCCUUUCCAAGAGCCGAGCUGACAGUUUUGAAGAGGCAUACAGUGACCUGGAACACUACAGGACAAUAUACAUCUCAGAAAAUGGCCCCAGACUCUCAGUUGACACAGCACAACCCAAAGUAAUCUCUCAACGUGGAGGCAACGCCACACUGCAGUGCAAGUUCAAUCGGGAUCCCUCAUCUCCCCCAAAUCCCAAAAUGAGGAUUAAAUGGACUAAACUGACUUCAGACUAUCUGAAGGAAAUUGAUGUGUUUGUAGCUAUGGGCUUCCACAAAAAGAGCUAUGGUCGAUUCCAUGGCCGUGUACACCUGCAGGAUGCCAGCAAGAAUGAUGCCUCAUUAGUUAUCACUGACAUCACUCUGGAGGAUUAUGGGAAAUACAAGUGUGAAGUUAUCGAUGGCUUGGAGGAUGAUACUGCAGUUGUAUCCCUUGACCUGGAAGGCAUUGUGUUCCCAUAUUUUCCUCGACUGGGACGUUACAACCUGAACUUCGCUGAUGCUGAAAAAGCUUGCCGAGACCAGGAUGCCACUGUGGCAUCUUUCGAUCAGCUGUAUGAUGCAUGGAGAGACGGGUUGGAUUGGUGCAAUGCAGGGUGGCUCAAUGACGGAUCGGUGCAAUACCCCAUCACCAAACCAAGAGAGCCAUGUGGAGGCAAAAACACCAUUCCUGGUGUGAGGAAUUAUGGGAUGCGUGACAAGCAAAAGGAAAGAUAUGAUGUCUUCUGUUUCACCUCUAACUACAAAGGACGUUUCUAUUAUCUGAUACACCCUUUCAAACUUUCAUAUGAUGAGGCAGUGCAGGCAUGUCAAAAGGACGGUGCUCAGAUCGCCAAAGUUGGGCAGAUGUACGCAGCAUGGAAGCUGCUGGGCUACGACCGCUGUGAUGCAGGCUGGCUGGCAGACGGCAGCGUACGUUACCCAAUCUCCAGACCACGCAGACGCUGCAGUCCCACGGAGGCUGCCGUCCGCUUCUCUGGUUUUCCAGACAAGAAGCACAAACUCUAUGGCGUCUACUGCUACAAGAGUGACAACUGAGCGUACCAACUGUACAGCUCAAGAACUAAGUGUGAUAAUGUAAGGCGUUAGUUUGAGUGCAUUAAAACUGUGACAAAGUCUCUAGAUACUGUAAUACAAAAGGAUUUAAAUAUAAAAUAAGUGAUUGGUGUUAGUUUGAAGCAAAGAUUCUGUAGAAUUAGGCACCUCAGGCACCCUCUUCUCUCAAAAUCAGGACUUUGCUACAAGACGUCAACAGGACAGGAAGAGUAUUCAUUGGGUGCCGCAGAAAUUAUAGCAACUGGUUCCAGGUCUGAAUGUUCUAAAACAGUACAGCAGUGCUGAAGGAAGAGAUAUUUGGUGAGACUGCAGAAGAAAUUCACACUGUACUCUUCCAUUUAGCAUGCAGUAGCUUGAGGGAUGUUCUAGAACAGAAUGAUAGCAAAGCUUACAUACUUUGAAAUGAUACCUUUGGGCACUUAGUUUAUCAUUCAAGAACAUCAUAUUCCAUAUAAAUAGCAUGUUAAAAAUAUAUUUUCUGUUAAUAGGAAAACAAAUUAGACGAAAGUCCUAAAUACCAUACAGUACAGCCAUGGCAUAAUGAACCAUUUUUUCUUUUGCCAUCCUUACAGGGUGCUAUAUUGUAUUAUUUUCUAAAAGCAUACCUUUUUAAAUUUAGUUUUAGUAUGGACCAAACCAUGUUGAGUCAUAAGUCGCAUUGUUUUGUGAUUUUUUUAAACUAUUGAAAUAUACAAGUAGAGUGUUUAUAAAUGUAUGUUAAUUAUAUUUUUCUUGAAAAUAUGUGUUUAUACAAUGUCGCAAGACGUAAUGUCAGAAAUUCAGAGCUCCAAUGUAUUGACCUCGUCACUGUCAAACGUUAUUUGUGUUCAGGAAGAUGAAGAGAUCUGUGGUUCAUACCACAGACAUUAUAACAAAACCAUUGUUUUUCCAAAAGUAAACCUUGGUUUGUUUUCUAGAACUAGUUAUUUAGUAUUUCUGAUCGAUUCAUGAAACCACAGAAAACCUAUCCUCAAUCAUAGCCCGUGGCAAUGUUGGCAAAUGGUAAUACAAAAAUGUUAUUAAAAAUUUGUUUACUAGAGGAAGUUGUGUGAAAGAAAGCACACAGCCCAUUUUCUAGCACAUGUGAUGAGUAGUUUUAGUCUAUGCAUGUUAUGGUUUACUAAUAGCAAGACAGGUGAUAAAAAGACAACAGGUGUACUCAAAGAUGCUGCAAACAAUAAUGGCUAAACAAAAAAAGUGCAUAGUUAGCAUGCUGCAUUCAGUCGUUAUUGUCUGCGAAGCAGUAGACCUUCAGAAAAACACGUCAAAGUCAUGGCAUUCGGAAAACAAACCAUUAGAACAGACUGCCAAGCUAAGACAAAAACAACUUGAUGUUUUAGGGUCAACACAGCAGGUUUAGAACUCAAGGUCAGGAGUUUUAGCCACUACAUUAAAUGACCAGCUACACCAAGAAAAAAGGAAAAAUACACAAAGUUCUAAAUAUUGGCGGUUUUUCAAAAUACAGUAUUCACAUUCAUUUCAUUAUUCAUUUGUUUUGACUCUGGCAACUGUACAUGUGCCUUGUUUACAAAACUUCAAUUGAAUGUCUUUACAUUCAACAUUCAAAAUGUCUUUACAAAGAAUGUUAACAUUUUCACCCUUGUUUUGUGUACAUAAAAUAUAAUUAAAGGGAUAUUUUGACUGUAUCAAUGUGGGAAAAAACCUUGACACAAAAAAUAAACAAUCAGUCAAAUACAUAUUUGGUUUGGUUGGUUUUAGAAAAGCACACUGAGAAAUUAUAUAAAAAUAACUAGUCUAGUUUUAACAGUCUGUGACAUUACACACACACUCGGCCAAAAUAAAGAAAUCUCAAGGAAAAUAGAAAUCAGGUUGUCCUCAGAAUUAAAAGCCCAAGAUCAUACAUAUGGCAGGCUAAACGUUGCAUAUCUCAAAAACUGUUAUGUUCUAAUCAUAUCUUUCAAACCAAAC